AUGGAAGGCAAAACACAGGAGGCGGCAGCGGCCAAGGCUGGGAUGAGCGUGCGAUCAGCGCGCAAGUGGCAGAAUGGCCCAUUGCCAUCACAGGCGAAAUCGGAGCACUGGUGGCGCACCCGUCCCGACCCCUUCGACGGGGUGUGGGAGGAUGAGACCCCGCCCCUGUUGCGGAAUGAUCCGACUGGCAAGCUGAAGGCAACGACAAUUAUCGACUGGUUGGCCGAUCAGCAUCCCGGCCGGUUCAGCGCAUCCCAGUUGCGCACGCUGCAACGACGAUUACAGGAUUGGAGGGCGCUCCACGGUCCGGAUCGGGAGGUGUACUUCCCCCAGGAGCAUCCGCUGGGUCGCGAGGCCCAGUUCGACUUCACCCACUGCGGGGAACUCAGGGUGACCGUCGCCGGACAGCCCCAUACCCAUCUGCUGUUCCAGUUGAUUCUCAGCCACUCGGGGUGGCGCUACGCCGAGGUCGUUGCCAGCGAGACCUUCCUGGCCUUGCAGCAGGGAUUGCAGGCUGCACUGUGGACCUUGGGCGGUGUUCCAGAGGUGGUGCGCAGCGACAAUACCUCGGCUGCGACUCACGAAUUGCGCAAUAGCCGUGGCCGCGCCCUUAACGACAAUUACGCGGCCCUGCUGGACCACUACGGCCUCCGCUCCACCCGCAUCAAUCCCGGUCAGAGCCAUGAAAACGGUGUCGCCGAGCAUGCCCACUACCGCUUGAAGGACGCCAUCGAUCAGGCCCUGAUGCUGCGAGGCAGCCGUGAUUUUGACACAGUCGACGACUACGCCGACUUCGUCCGGCAGAUGGUGGAGAGACGCAAUCGCCUGGUAGAGGGGAAGCUGGAGCAGGAGAUGGCUUGCCUGCGGUCCCUGCCGCCAGCUCCGGUGCCGGAAUACGCCAACUACCAGUCCAAUCCAAGGUGCGCCGGUGGUGCACCAUCCAGGUAG